CCCGCCGAUUUUAGUGACGCAUUUCCGGCAAUUCUAUCGUCUCGCUGGUGGCUGGCUUCCAUUUUGUGGCUUUGGUGCGCUCGUUUCUUGUCUAUAAUUUUCGAAUAGACUCAUCUUUAUGGGCACGAUUCCUGUGGAAUUCUAAAUAUGUUAAAAAUGUGAAAUGGAAACUUCGUGGUUGAAUUUGUGUCGAUGUUGUUUGUCCGUUGAUUGCAAUGUGUCACUUUUGGACACUGAACAGAGAGUACAUCAAAAAUUUUUCGAAGUUACGAGCUUGAAGAUAUCUGCUGAUGACGGGCUACCGCAAAAAAUCUGCAAAGAGUGUCUUACCCUUAUGAACUUUGCAUACAACUUUCGCACUCAAUGCCUCAAAAUGGAUAACGAACUUCGGAUACAACUCAAAGCAAUGCUCAAUGUAAGCAGUGAAGAUUACUUUAAUGAUGAAUCUGGUGAUUUUGUUAAUAGUGCCACCAACACUACAGAUGAUCCAGUGAAACAGCUAGAGACAGUCAUCAAACAGGAGCAAAAUGAUAGCGAUGAUGAAUGUUACUAUGUUCUAGUCAUUGACAGUCCUAAGAGUGAUGAAGAGAAAGAAAAUGAAAAUGUUAAUAUGCCUAAAGAAGGUAGCAAUCAUGAAGUCAAACAAGUAAAACUUGAGUAUAGUGAAGAUACAUCAAACUCUGUAAAAGACGAAAUACACGCUACACAAAAUCACUUUGAAGACUCAAUCCAUCAAUUUCUUAUGAACGACAGAGUUCCAGUUAAUGUUCCAGCCACAAUACUCGAAAACGAGGAGGAAAGCCAGGAUAAUGAGUAUGAGUCAAUGAACAUAGAUGAAACUCAGGAUAGUGCAUCUCAAGACUCUAAUCAUCAACAAAUAACUGAAGUUGAAAAUUUGACACAUAUCAAUGAAGAACUAAUUACUGAUGAUAUGAUGAAAGAUCCUAAAAACAUAAUUAAAAUUCUAACAAGCACUGGGUCUGAUGGUACUAUACUUUUAAAGAGUGAUAACGGAGUUCAGUAUUUAGCUGAAACACAGCUGGUGAAUGAUGAAGAAGAUGGUGAUGGGACAUCACAAGAAGUAAUCUUGUGUGAGGGUGAAUCCCAGUUUCAAAUACUGAAGUAUGAUGGUUCAGAACUUGUGAUAGAAUAUGCUGAUGACAGUCAAAUUGCAACUGUUUUACAGCAAGAAGAUGGAUCAUUCUUAUGUGACUGUGGAGAACAAUUCCAAGACUUAACAGAAUAUGAAAAGCAUCAAUAUAAACAUAACCCAGCCGGUGAGAAUCUAUGCAACUUGUGUGGAAAAGGUUUUGAAUCGCCAGAAAUUUUGACAGGGCACAUGCUCCUUCACAGUGUGACUGGAGUGCUCAUUAACUGUCCAUUCUGUAAUCAACUAAUCAAAAGGACAGCCUUAACGCAACAUAUUAAGUACGGACACAAUAACAUCAAGCCACGGUGCAAUAUAUGCUUGAAGACAUUUGCAAAUCCGAAUAAUUUGAAACGUCACAUGAUGAUACACAGCGAUAUCAGGGAGUUUGAGUGCGACAUCUGCUUUAAAAAGUUUCGCCAAAAAAUCACAAUGCAAACACAUAGAUUGACACAUGUCCAUCCGUUUACAUGCUCGAACUGUGACAAAACUUUUCCCACAAGAGAUGCUCUAAAUAAUCACAAUGAUUCCGGAGAGUGCUCCAAAUCAAAAGUCAUUAAAGUCAAAGCAGAGCUAAUGAAAACCGUUAAACAAGAAGUUACAACUAACCUAGGGAAGUUGCUAGGGUAUGCCUGUUCGCUAUGCAAGAAAAUGUUUUCAGUAGAGUCAGCAUUGGAACAGCAUGUAGAGAGUACCCACAUAAUUAAUCCGACUGAACUACUUUGUUCAGAGUGCGGGGAGGUGCUACCCUCAAAAAAAGAUAUGCAGAUGCAUUCCUUGACCCAUAAAAACUCAAAAUCGAAGAGCAUGAAACGCUUUGAGUGCAGCAUAUGCGGUAAAGGAUGCGCUAGCCAAGCUAUGUUGCAAAUGCAUGAACGCGUUCAUACAAACGAGAGGCCCUUCCCGUGUCAGCUGUGUUCUUUGAGAUUUAAAACCAAAACUCAUUUGAGAACACAUCAGCUGACACACACGAGGGAGAAAAAAUUUGGUUGCUCCAUUUGUAUGAAAUUCUUUGCACUUAAAGGUAAUUUAGUUGUUCACUUGAGAACGCACACCGGUGAACGCCCAUAUGUCUGUUCAUUAUGCGGGGAAGCAUUCAUAGAUUCUAAAUAUUUGAAAAAGCAUAAAUUGAAAAAGCACACCAUAGAAAACGUAUCACUGAAUCAAUAUGAAAACAAUCAAUAUGCUAUUAAAUUUGUUUAAACUACAUAUCUAAGUUAAAAUUUAAGUCUUAAGUUUUAGGAAUCAUAGUGUCUUGCUUGGGUUAUUUUUCUUUUGUUUUUUUUUUCUUUAGUUAUGAGUGAUGUCAUUAAUAAGAAUGUUAAAAACAUGAAUUAAGCGUUGUUUUUUUUAUUCUCUUUAAUAAAGGAACA